UAAGGGAGAGAGAAAAAACAGAAGCAACCAAAAGGCUAAUAAGGACUUCUUCCCUUCCAACCUCCCCCAUCAUUCCCCAUCAAUUCAAAGUUUGAAACCCCCCUUCUUCGUCUUCACUCAUCCCCAUCUCUCUAUCUCAUUUUCUCUCUCCUCUAAAACAAUGGAAAUCACUUCUAAAUUCAAAGACAGAGAAAACAAUUCACCCCCUUUAAACUCCCCCACUAGCUGCAGCACCACUCAACCUCCAUUACCCAUUACCAGAUCCGACCCCAAUAGCCCUUACCCAACAACAUUCGUAACCGCUGAUACUUCCUCUUUCAAACAAGUAGUCCAAAUGCUAACCGGAUCCUCCGAAGUUACACCCAAGCACAACCCAAAACCACCUCAACAACAACAGCAGCAACAACAACAAAACCACCAUGAAAACCACUCUAGAAACUAUGUAAUACCACCCGUUAAAACCGCUCCCAAAAAACAGGGGUUCAAGCUCUACGAAAGAAGGAACAGCAUCAAGAAUCUGAUCAGCCCAUUAAACGCAGCGUCUGCGAACUUCACUCAUCAAAACCCGUCGUUUUCACCGCGGUAUAAGACGGAGAUUCUGUCCCCGAGUUUGCUCGAUUUUCCAUCUUUGACUUUGAGCCCUGUUACACCCUUGGUUGAAGAUCCUUUUAAUAAAUCAUCGCCGUCUAUUGGCGGCGGGAGUGGCGGCGGUGGUAAUUGCGGCGGAUUUGCGGCAGAGGAGGAGAAGAAGUCGAUGGCGGAGAAGGGGUAUUAUUUACACCCUUCUCCCAUUUCUACCCCUCGAGAUUCACAGCCGCAGUUACUCACUCUUUUCCCUCUGUCUUCUCCUCGGGUUUCUGACCCUUAAAAUAAUUCAAUAAAUAGAAGGAAAAAAAAAGUAUGGAAUUGAGGAGAGAGAAACAGAUAUUUUUAUAGUGUAUGAUUUAAUUUGUGUAGUAAUUUGAUCCUCACUACAGAUGUAUGGUGGGUGUUAAUUGAGGUAAAAUGUGGGUGUUAAGUACGGAGUAGUUUGUUAUGAUAUAUGAAUAUAUAAAUACGUCUAUACUUUUACCGGCGUUAACGAGUUGAGUUGAGUUGAGGCUGAGGCCGAGUUUAUUCAAGUUACGAGUCGAGCCAAGGCCGAGUUUAUUCAGGUUGCACAAUGUGAUCCUUUGAUUGACAUGGGUGUGAUCAUAAUUCUUGAAUUGUUUGAACUUUUAAGUUUGAUUUUAUUUCUAAAAUUAGUAAUAGUGGUGAAUAUGAGCAUAAUUAGGUAAUACUAUUAGCUACUCCCUCCGUUUCUUUUUGUUUGUUACGUAUUCUUUCACAAUGUUUGUUACGUGGGAAAAUCUUUUCUUUUAUAAACUUAUUAAACUAUCAUUUUUUGUGCCA